UGUCCCACAAUUUUGUGUUGUCAUUUGCAUUUGUCAGUUUAUCACUGUUUUCUUGUCUGAAAAUUUUAAAUAAUUUUCUCUAAUAUACCUCAAUAUCUCUUCAUAAUUUUAGAAUUAAUCUGAAGUGAAUAAAAAAUGUCAGCACAAAAUUCGCCGGUUAAGGCAUCAAGAUCGUCAAGCAUCAUUGAAACAGCGGAAGAUUUCGAUAAUCAGGAUACUUUGUUAAAACAUGUUGAUAUAUCAAUCGUUGAGUCAGAGAAACGUGCUAAUGGCACAUUACACGUUCGAGAUCACUACACUGUGUAUUUAAUCGAUCUCAAAGUGACAGAUCCAGACUACAAGCUAGUUCAAUCAAAGAUUAGUACAAUAUGGAGGAGAUAUACAGAGUUUGAACAGAUACAUGAUUACUUGUUAGUCACAUAUCCACACGUUAUCAUACCACCACUACCAGAAAAGAGGGUAUUGUAUGCGUGGAGAAAAUCAGACACUACAGAUCCAGAAUUCGUGGAGAGGAGACGUGCUGGGCUGGAGAACUUCCUGUUGCGUGUCGCCUCGCACCCUCGCCUCUGCUUCGACGACCAGUUCAUAAACUUUCUACAGGAGGAACACGGCUGGCGAGAGACGAUCACGGAUAGUGGGUACAUACUGCAAGCUGAAAAUAAGUUAAAAUCAUUGUCAGUAUCAAUCAGGCUAAAAAAGCCUGAUCCAGAAAUUGAAAGUGUAAAAAAUUAUGGAAAGCAACUAGAAACUAAUUUAGGAAACUUUCUUUACACAAGGUCAAAAAUAAUAGAAAAGAACUAUGCUCUUUGUAAACUCCAUGCUAAUUACGGAAAGCUGUUUAGUGAGUGGAGUGUCAUAGAGAAGGACAUGGGUGACGGACUGCAGAAAGCGGGACAUUAUUUUGAUUCGAUAGCGGAUAGCAUAGACUCUGUGGCGGAGGACGAGGAGCAGCUGGCGGACCAGCUGAAGGAGUACCUGUUCUACGCGGGCGCGCUGCAGCAGCUCUGCAGCAACCACGAGACGCUGCAGCGGGCGCUCGAGAACGCGCAGGACACGCUCAACAACAGGGUGUCUGAGCGCAGUCGCGCGGCGGCGGGCAAGUCGGGGCUGAUGUCGCGCCUGUUCGGGACCACGGACCCCGACAUCGUGCGCGACCAGACCACGCGCGCGCUCGACGCCAAGAUACUCUCCGACAGGGACGCCAUCGAGAAGUCCAAGACUGAUCUAGAAGAAUUUACCAAAAAGGCAUUGACGGAAAUAGAGUUUUUCCAAAAACAAAAAGACAAAGAUCUCCACGAGUCACUCGUUAGUUUUAUAACCCUACAAGUAAAGGCUGCGAAAAAGAACUUACAAGCAUGGACGCAGAUCAAAGAAUGCCUGCAGAACAUGCCUUAAGAUCCACCAAGGAGUUUUAUACCAAAUGUACCUACCUUUUUGUACGUAAUCGCGUUAGUCUAACUACUUUUCUAUCUCACUUUAUAAGUAGAAAUUGUUUAGUUUCAAAACGGCGUAAGUGUAUUUAGUUAUUCCGUAGAAAUAACAAUAUUUAUUGUUGAGGAUAAUAGCUAGGCUUGAUUCGAAUUAGGAAUUGUGAAUUACACUUUACAGAAAGGUGCUUAAUAGUAGUAUUUUCGACUUACUAAAUGUCAAAAGUUUGAUACGCAUAAUGAGAGCUUGCUCUCAAGUUGGAAUUUGAUGGUUCAGACGCGUACGACUUACGCCGUUUUGAUAUUGACCAGAAUAUUUUCACACGUGAUGAUUUAUGUGGAUUUUACUCAUUAUAAAUUUAAAGUGUGUCUUAUUAUAGCUCAACAAAUAUAUUAUUAUUUCGUCUAGAUGUCACUGGCCGCAAUAAUUUAGUCAAAUCACAUAAAUAUUUUUAAAUUUAACAUCGAAAGUCGUAUUAAAACGAUGAUUAUAACAUAGUAUGUAAGAGAUUUUUAAAGAUUUCAUUCUAUAUAUAUUAAAGUUUUAAUAUAAUCUCUAUAUUUUAAUCAAAUAUAAUUUUGGAUAAAUUGACAAAUGUAAAAAGAGCUUCGAAGGGCUUACUAAGAAGUAAGGGGCAGGGGUUGUCAGUAAUGCCAUUGGCUUAGCGGUGCUUUACUUUCAUCCUAUUGGUUCGGCGAUUAGUUGCUCACCCCCUUUUCUUGCGCUUAAGAAAGAGCUCUUUUUACUUGCGUCGAACUAUAAAUCGUAACUCAUUCCAUAUCAAUGCAGAUCUUAUAAAACACGUAUAGUGAUGUGAUUAAAAUCCAAAUAGUAUUUAUCGAUUCUAAUAAUCGUGCGUUUCCUACGAUACUGUAAUUCUAUGUACCUAUGUAAUUGACACCUAAAUGUUCAAAUUUAAUAAAGUAUGUUCAGACUUCAGUUCUAGGGGCCAAUGUAAAUUUCUGGCGAAAGAUAUGUUAGAUAACAAUUUAAUAACUUCGGCUGUUUAUAGACGAGGCAAUUAAAGUCACAGACACUCAAUAAUUCUAAUUCCAUGUUCACAAUUUAUGUCUGUAUGUGUACAAUUUGUGUAUGUAUGUAUGAUUCUACGUCACAACGACAGAGAUGGAUAGAGACAGAAUCUCUAAACGACGACUUGUGUCCGAGGGUUUGUGAUCUCGGCGAUUAUGUUUGCAGUUCGCACAUAGCUUGCAUUGGAAAGGACAAAGUCGAGACUUGCAUUGCCUCGUAUAUGAACCGUCUUACUAAAUCUUUGUACAUAGCAUUGUAAUAAAAAAGUGUUCUAACUUUCUAAAUUCUCAGUGAUAUUUGUAAUGUUUAGUAGAUAUAACUUCUGAAAAAUACAUUUUUACUAUACAAGUUUAAAGACAUAAUAAUGUUACACUAAUAAAAAGUAACAGAAAAUGACAGAAUAUAAAUGGUACAUUUUAUAACAUUAAUUUUUACUUUUGUUAGCAAAGAAAACCAAAGGCGUAUAGUGUAAUGUCAUACCUGUGGUAAAUAUAUCUCAAGAUUCUUCAUAAUAAUAUAUUCUUCAUCAUAACGUACUGUAUCUGUCCAAUGAAUUGAUAAGAGAUGCAAAUACGAUAUUACCAACAAUGAUGUCUAUGGAAUUUAUAAGAAAUAUUUCUAACCUUUUUUCAUGUUAAUAAGCUACAGAUACCAUUACGUUAGAAAAUCUUUUAAACUAAAGUCGGAUUGGUUACACUGUUUUUAUCUAGAGAACGGUUGCAUAUAAAAAUUAGCAAUGUUUAAUUUCACAUAUUUUGUACACGGGUGAGACCCCACGAGCAUGAAAUCAGUUCAGCUAGUUAUGUUAUAAAAACAUUAAUGAAUUAUAAAAGCAGACGUGACCCCUUGGAUUAACAUUUCAGGUAACUCAAAAUUAUCUCGGAAUUACUUUUAUCGUAAACUUCAUAUCAACUAAUUAAUUAAAGCUACGGGUAACAGAUAUUUACAAAGGAAAUCAGUAAACUAGCCUUACGAUAUCUUCACUUCAUAACCCCGUUCUGAAAGGAUAGCCGUCAGUUUUAUAGAUAUUACCCCUACUUGAUUAUAACUCUGUGAUUGUAUUAUAUUGUAAAAUUAUAUCUAUUACAUUGUUUGUCAA